GUGAUAAAAAAAAUAGAUGCCCUAAAACGCACCAUAAAACUCCAUGAGACCCUCACGGUCUCGGCCCCUCGGCGGGCCUCCCCGCCUCCCUCGCCCCUGCCUUCGCCUCAUUGGUAUUGGCGUCCGCUUGCUCGCUAUGGCCGCCGCCCCGUCGCCGCGGCCGCGAAUGGCACACCGCAAAGGCGGAGCCGCCCCCAUCUCCCUCUUCCUUGACACCGAUCUCGGCACCCACCUCGCCCUGCUCGUCGCCCCGGACACCGGCAUCCGCGGCCUCAAGUCGCAGGUGGCCGCGGAGCACGCUGCCGCCUUCCCCGACAUUGGCCCCGUCAUCACCAAGUCCUUCCAGGUCCGGCGGAAGGGUGUACUGUAUCGCCUUUCUGAUUCAAUGACAGUGAUGAGUUCCUUCACCAAAAUUGAAGGUGGGUGCUUUCUUCACGUCAAUAUGGCAGAGGCUACAGAAGCCACAUACUGCUGCCAAGAUGCUCCAGCAAUUGAUGAUAAAAGAUUGAGUGAUGUUAGUCUUGGAAUUCAUGUAAAGAACCAUAUUAAGGAGCUGCCUGUGAUGGCAUCAGAUGUUGCUUGUGAUUUGCUCCCUAGAGACCUUGAAGGUGGUAAUGAUGACACCACGCUGAAUAAUGUUCAAGCACAUGAUGCAUUGCCCAAUUGUACCUUGGUGCCAUCCUCAUCACAGCUAAAUACUGAAAUACUGAAGAACAAAGCAGUGGGUAUGGACAGUGAUGCAGAAGCAGGAAUUGAUCAAGUUAUUGACAAAGCGAAGAGUUACAGUGGCCAGAUAAAACAUGCUAAUCAAGCUGAAGGCACCUACAUUAGUUCCACAUCAAUGGCAUGUGUUGAUAAAUCUUCAAAUGAGAGUAAUAUGUCACAUGCUGUGGCGGAGCUACAUGCAAGUCGAGACCAUGGCGUUGGUGAUGAUGUUUCUGACAAAAAGCAAGUCAGGGUAGAGCAGCAACUGCUGGAAGAGAUACAAUCAAAGGAUACUCUUUCACAAGUAAAGGAGCACAAAAAAUCUAGGACUGGUUUUUUUGACGCAUCAUGUACGUCCCUACUGAAAACAGGUACUACUCUUGUGGAAUCUUUAAACACUUCUAAUCAUCAAGAAGUCCAUGAAACCUUCAAUGUGGAGUCCAUCCAGCUAGAAAAUCCAAGCACUGUUGGAAAGAAGAAGAAAAGGAAAAGGCGUCAAUUGUCCCCUUCAAAAUCUGCUUCUGCUCAAGAGACAAUAGAACCAUCAGCUACGGCAGUAGAUUUAUUAAAACCCACAGGUGAAGGUCUGCCUAAUAACAGCCUUGGGAUACAGAUUCAUAAUAUACUUGCAAUGGAUAAUCUUUCACAAGAAAAGGAGCACAAAAAAUCUAGGACUAGUUCUCCUGACACAUCAAGUAGGCAUCUACUGGAAACAGACCCUGCUUCUCUUAGGGAACCUUUAAACACUUCGAAUCAUCAAGUCCAUGACACUUUACAUCAGGAGUCCAUCCAGCUAGAAAACCCAAGUGCUGCUGGGAAGAAGAAAAAGAGAAAGCGUCAAUUGUCCCCUUCAAAAUCUGUUUCUACUCAAAUAACGACAGAACCAUCGCCUGGGGCAGCCCCAGCAGACUUAUCAAGAUCCACAGGCGACGAAGCAUAUAAUGUUGAAUUGAAUGGCAAAGAUGAAACUAUAGUCGAAGAAUCUGGCUGUCGUCUUUCAUCAUCAGAACUUAAUGAUGCAAACCAGGGGGGCAAAAGUGUUCAGUUUGUGAGCGAUGCUCUGGCAUCUAUAGAUCUAAUCUGUAAACAAGAGAAGUUUGGUCAUUCUCUCAAGGGAUGUAAGGAUCCUUCAAUUGCAAAUGCCAUUUAUUCUACAAGUGAAAAUGUAGCUAUUGAAGGAAAAACUACAAAAGAAAGUUGUGUCCCUUUGGAUAGAGGGGACAAGCAUGAAGAAAAAAAACAACACAAUGAGGGAUGUCAUAAUGAAGCUGUACCUGAAAUAAGCCACAUGGAGAAAGGUGGCAGAAGUACAGAUGUCUCUAACAAGAGGCACACAAAUCAAAUUACUUCUCAAGUGAAGAAGGGCAAAAAAUCAAAGGUUGGUUCUGUUGGCAUGCCUACCGUGGAUGCCACUGGUGAAAAAGAUCAUAUGUAUAGUGAAAAUGCUGCCAAACAAGAUACUGUUUCUACUAAAAAGGAGAUUGCCCAUGAACCUUCUGUGCAGCAGAUGUCAAACAUUGUGUAUCAAGGAGAUUCAAAUGUAGUAGAAAAUCCGAGUGGUGAUGGAAAGAAAAAGAAAAAAAGAAGACGCCACUCAGAAUCCUUAAAGGGUAUGAAUCCUAGUCAAGAUCUGACAUCAUCUUCUGGAUUUGUAACAAACAAAAACUCGAUACAAUGUACAGAUGCUGCUCCAAUAGAUGCAAAGCAAACAACCCAGGGCAUUAUAGAAGGAGAAACAGUUAAUGAGCACAUGAAGCUUAGUAGAAGUCUAGAUGUAGCAGCAACAAAUAUUGUUGAUGGGGUAUUGGCAGAUCUACGACCUAAAGACAGCUUAAGUAAGGAUCUGGAUGAAGAUCUUUUACCAGGACAAACUCACCUAGGCAGCAAUCAGAAUGGACUAGAAGUUCCUGAAUCCAUUGCUGUUAAAGUUGGUAGCGUUACUGCAGCAUUACCUCCAAAAUGCCCUGCAGCGGUUCACUUUGCUUCUCCUGUUAGCUCACCUAGACAAAAGAAGUCUAAGGGGAAAAAAUCGAAAGUGCUAUCAACCAUGACUGACUCUUCUCAUCAAUCAAGUGGUGUAUCCGAAGAAGAUGCUAAUAGAGAAUUAACAGAAUCUGAUUCUUUGAGGUUUGCUGAUAAAACAAGUGAUCCUGAGGAUAUAGUAACUGGAAAUGUGGUUGCACAAGCUGAUGAUAAGCGCAAAACCACUAAGCGUCAAAGGAAGAAGGGCUCUGUUAAGCAGGUAUGUGAUACAUUGGCAUUGAAGGAAACAAAUGAUGCAGAAGAAAAUUUGGUUCAGGGAGGUUAUGUAGUUGACACUCCUUUAAGCACUGUUGGGGAAGUAGAGCAGAAAGGCAAGUCUUCUCAGAUACCGACUCCUAAAAUACGAAAAACUAAUUGUUCUACUCAUGGGCUGGAUAGUCACACAACUAAGGACAACCAGGGUGUGUAUGUAACUGACAUCAUUGAAACCCAUGAUAAUGAAAAUGCUGCAGGAACUCCAACCUUGCAUGAAGUUCAGAAAUAUGCAAUGGUUCUCAAAUCUGCCAACACUAAUUCUCAAAAGCAAAGGAAAACAUCUUCGAAUUCUGAACUUCAAAGUCAGGAUUGUGCCCUGGAACAUGGUUUCACUGCAGAUUUGGUGAACGGCAGGACUGAAAGGGAAGUUAGCACUACAAGUUCUGCUAGUGCUGUUAAACCUGAUUACCACACCGUUUUUCAUCGUGCUAAUGAUGGAAUCAAUUUCCUCGAUCAUUUUAGCUGCAGCAAUAUGAAUGAUGAUCCAUCAAUUGCUGCAGAAAGUAAGCAAAACAAUGAAGAUGAACCUUUAAGGGAAAUGAAGAAUAAAAAGAAGAAAUGGAAGCAAGGUACUAGUAGCAUUGAACCAAAUGACAUUCUAGAAUCUUUUCCCUCAGAGAAAGCUAGCUUAACUGGUCAUUUUGGUACCAGCAAAGCUAUUGUGUCAUCUGUUGCAAAAGAAAGCAUGAACAUAGAAAAUGAGAAUGUGAAUGACGGCAAGGAGAAGAAGAGAAAGGGCAAAGCUAAUAUGGAAGUACCUACUGCUGAAAAGGACAAUUCUAAUUGUGAUAAUCAAGGAAUUGAUAUUAGUACCCAAGAAUCACUUAUUUCUUUUGUACAAAAUGAAAGGACGGGUCAGGACAAUGGAAAAGAGAGCAACAGUAAAGUUACUCAGAAUGCCAGUAUAAUGCAACAUGGACGAGAAGAUCCCACUUGGAAUCAUACUCCUGAGAAGAAUCUCCACCAGAGUGUUGAUGAUGAUCAAAACAAGUUGCUCACUGAAAAGGAUCAUGCACAUAUAAGUAAAGAAGUGGGGAAAUUCACUUCUCAGCCAAAGCCCCAUGCUAAGAUUAGAAAGCCUGAUGAGUUUACUAUCAAGGGAAAGGUGGCUCCAAAUCCUAAGCCUGUAAGCAACCUUAUGAAGGAUUUUUCCACGAGCCCAGGAGCGUCAAGUGACAGCACAGAGGGUAUGCCACAAAGUGCUAACCGAUAUAAAGUUUCAGUCCAGAAAGUCCCAAGUAAAAUGUAUCAAGAGACCAGUGGAAACUCCAAAAAAGCGAGUAGGAAAAUAGUCUCUGGUGCAAUAUCCAAUGACUCUAUCAGGGAGGGUUGUGGUGAUGAAUUGGACACCACAACUGUCAUGGAAGGAUCAUCUGAUAGUUCAUCUACCUCUGCUGACUCAGGUAUUUCAUCUACAGCCUAUGAUGAAAGUGAGGCUUCCGAUGAUGAUGGGGCCAUAUCACUAUCUCAGAAGAGUCUCAAAGGUGGUCUGCACAUUAGCUCCAUCCUCCGUGGUUCCCGUAGCUAUAAGAAGGCAAGAAAGAAGCUGGAGGAGCUGUUAGACGAUGAUGACACCAUUGUGCCUGAUAGCCAGCCCACGGAUGGUCUUCGGGGUUGAACAUGCGUCAACCUUUUGCAAUUAUCCACCUAAUACGGUGCAAGUUUCAUGCGAGCCCCAAAGCCGGUGUGCUUUGCAAUUGCUGUAGCUUAACCUCCCACAAUUUGUCUAAAACACAUGCGCGCCGGCGUUAUCCGUUGAGGAUUGCGUAUUUUUAUUUAUUGUUCUCCUCUGUGCAUACUCUUUUCUUUUCGGGAGCAAAAAAACAUUGCAUACACGAUACAUAUAGUGCCUAAAAUAUACAGAUCAUACAUGAGAUGUAAGAGCAUCAGUUCAAGCCGCAGCAUUCUAUCUA